GUUUACUUCCGUUACCAGUGACAAUACCCGGGUCUUUAACCAUUACCAUCUGAUUUCCAUUAACUGAUUUAUUUCAUACUAAAUCAAGAUGCCUAAGAAAAAAGGAGGAAAGAAGUCUGGUGGAAAGCUGUCUAAAAUGACAGAAGAGGAAAGAUUGGCCUAUGAAGAACAGAAAAGACUGCAAGAAGAGGAAAUGAAAAAGAAGAAAGAAGAUAUGUUAACCCAGUUCUUAAAGGACAAACUAUCGAAAGAAGAACGAGCAACCAAAUACAAUCUAAACAAACUGAAUCAUCAAUGGAGAAACAUAAUGAGAGAGGCUAAAUCUAAAGAACUACGCAAAGAAAUAGAAAUUCUCAGUCAGACAUUUGAAAGAAUCGUUGACAGGAAAGAUGCAACUAUCAAGUCCCUUGCCAAAGAUUUACAGGAAGCUGAGGAACAAUAUGCUAUGGCUCUCCGUAGCCAUCUACAGGCUGUGGAUAGUUUGUUUGACAUACAAGAAGAAAGGUUAAACAAAUUACAGAUAUAUUAUGAGGAUGAGUUAGCCCUUAUCCAGGAAGAAUUUGACACGGAAAGAGCCUUAAUGAUAGAACAGCAUGGUGUUGAAAUGAACGAUAUAGCUGACAUUCUGUUUGCAAUGGAUCAAAACUUCCAAGAUCGUGAAAAUGAGGCUCGAGCUGAAUUUGAAAGUUUAUGUGAUGAAAUUAAAAACAAGGAUACAGAAGAGAAACAUGGAUUAAAGGUCCUCCUGUUUGAAAAACAAAAAGAAUUAAUGAGACAGUUUGAACAGGCACUGGAUGCUUAUAUUAAUUCAACAAAAAGUAGGAAGAAUGAAUUUGAGGAUUAUAAACGCAAAGACGACCAUGCUGCACAGGAAAUAGAUUCACAGAUGAGAAGAAUCAAUAAAUUAUCAGACAAUAUUUCACAAUUGAAAAAUAAAAUGAUGGCCAAUGCAAAAGAAUGUGAAGAAAGAAAUAAACAACUGAAAGAGGAAAGAGAAAAGAUGUUAGCACACUUUCAAGACUUGAAAGCACAGAUGAAUAAGUUACGAGAACGAGAGAGGGACAAGCUAACAAAAAUGACAUUAGAAAGUAAUUCUGCUAUGAAAGAAUUGAAAAGACAAAAUGAAAAGGUCACAGUUAUAUUGAAACUAGCAGAAAUGUGUCGUAAGUUAGAAACAGAAGAGGAGAAGGUGCUACCAUUCUAUGCCUCCUCCUUGACUCAGGAGGAACAAGAUGAUGUCCAGACAGCCAUGUUAGAACGAGGAUAUGAACCACUGGCUCAGAUUAUGCAUGAAUAUUCUUCAAUGGAGAAUUUCUGGAAGAGAUUCAACAAAGUAUUCCUAGACAAGUUAGCUCUAGAUAAAGAGAAGAUGGGUCUUGUCCAAGAAAAUCAACAGUUAAGAACCUUACUGAAACAGUAUCUGGAUGGAAUCUCAGUCAAUGAUGAAAUUAUCAGCCAAGUCAAUCCAUUGUUUAUUGUUAACAAUAAAACAAAUGUCAAAUUAAAUGUUCCAGUGACAGAUCCCCGUGUACAGAGACCAGUAGCACAAACAGUUGUAGAAGCAGCCCAUGUGGUCAGACAUGUUUUACCAUCAUAGUGAACUAAGACAUCUGUCUACCUUUGUGUUUAGUCAUUUUGAAAUGAGAGCUUUAUUUGACAUCAUAACAUCAUAUCAAGAAUCUUAAAUAACCCAUGAAACUAACCAUUAAGUUUGUAUGUUGUGUUGCUAACUAAACAUAAAUAAUAUAUGUGUAUUUUUUUGUCAAUAUAUCUAAACAUUUAUUCUAAAUUGUAUGAAAUGGAGUGAGUUAUUUCCCCUGAUUUUGUUGUUUUGUUGUACAUUCUAUGCAAUUUAAAUUUUUUACCUGUCCAAAUUGACAUAAAACAUCCUUUUGUCUGUUACACAUUUGGAUUCCUUUGUACCAUUAGAAAGAUUUUUAAACUUCAGUCAGCAAAAUAGUUUUCAAUUUUUUUAUUAGUUAUAAACAAAAAAUAUGCAUUUCCCCAUGUGCAAAAUCCAUACUUAUUCAUCAAUUAAUAAUUACAAUGAUUACUUAUUUACAAUAAUUUUAUUUUCAUAAUUCAUGUUAACAAACUUACUGCAUUUUAACCAAUUUUUACAUUUUUGUUGUUGUUCCUCUUUCGAAUGCACAUAUUUGUAACAUUAAUUUUGAUUGGAUAAAAUUUCAUGUAGCAAUUAAACCACUGAUAUCAUUGAUGAAAACUGCAUUUAAAUUCCGGUGAAAUUAUUUUUUUAUAAUUGUCUCUUUUUUCACAAAUGCAUCAGAAUGCCAGCAUCAUUCUAUGAUUUGAUAAUUGCAAAUUAAAGUUUACUAGCUCAGCUGACAUAUUGCUAGUAAACUCAGUUGGAAAACAUCAAAUAAAAAUUGAAUCUAAAAAAAUUUUUUGUGAUAAGCAAUCUCAUAUUGAUUUAAUGUUACAUGUACAUGGUACUGUCAAAUAUUAUUUUAUUAAUGUAUGUCAUAGAGAUACCAUGUGAGUUAAGUACAUUCCACCCAUUGAACCUCUAGUUGUACUGCAAAUUCAGAAAUUUUUUCAAUGUUUUAUUAUUGAGAAAAAUUGUGAUAUGAUAGGUGUGGCAAAAAUAAAAACUUGCAUUUAUUAAAAUUUUAUAGCAUUGUUUUGUAUGCAGCAUUUAUUGAAAUCACAAAAAUAUGUAUUACAUGUUUGUCCAUUGUCUAACAAUCACAAUAAUAAAGGAACUCAAAAAUAUCUGAAUUUACAGUAUUCAGAAUCUGAUUUUAUAGUAUUCAGAAUCUUCAGAUUCUGAAUACUGUAAAUUCAGUUAUUUUUGAGAUGAUGAUGAACUGCAGUGACAGUCAUUUUAACUUUAUGCUUACAUCUGUGAUAUUUUUUAAAGACAACUUUUAUGCAUUUUUAUGCAUUUUGUUUGUAAAUAUUGUAUUGUUUAUAUAUUAUAUGUAAUAUAUUUUCUACGGUAAACAUAGCUUUACAAUUAGGUCAUUGCAUGAAUUUUCAGACUUAGUAAAUACUUUCAUUGGUACAAGACAUUCAUAUGAAAUAGCCCAUCUUAUGGGUGACAGUUUUAUACAUCUAGCUAAUAAAUUGACAAUAACUGCCAUUACCAGGAUGAAGUAAAGGGCUAACAUGUAUUUAUCAGGUCUAUUUAUUCAUGCAUUGACCAGUAAUUAAUUCUGUGAUAAAAGUUUAUUGACUAUAAUCAUUUUCAUACAAUGAUUAAAUGGACAAUCAUUAUAGCAAAAAACAUUAGUUUUUUACUAGGGAUGUCAACUCGGUAAAGAUUUACUAAUCGAGUACUCGUUGGAUUUACCGAGCGAUACUCGAGUACUCGAGUACUCGUUGACAUUCCUAUUUUUUACUAAUAAAAUUAUUUUUUAAAUGUUAUUUAGAUUUAGAUUUUGUUUUUUUUAUUUAUUUUUGCAUUUAGUUUGAUCAAUAGUGUAUGCUUUGAUUGUUCUAAGCUACAAUUAUCCAUUUUUAGAAUAGUGUAAUUGUAUAAAAUUAAAACACCAUUCUCUAGACUUUUCCCUUUUGUAAGUGCAUUUAAAGGAGACAAUAUUUAGUGACAUUGCACAGAUAGAAAACAUGUUAGUAAUCACUAAGGGACAACUACAUAUUGUCUUAAAUUCAUAAGAAAAAUAGGUUACCAUGGUAUAAACUUGCACUCAGAUACCAUUUUCCCCCUCAAAUAAAUGAUGUUUAGAGAUUUAGUAUUCAUGAAUUUUAUUUUCUGCUAUAUAUAUUUUCUCUUACCCUUUAAAGACAAAGACUCCAUAUUUUCAAAAUGUAGUAUCUUGUUAUGAUUUAGUUGCUGUAGACUGAAAUAGCAGCUAAGAAUGUCGGUUGGAUACAAACUGAAGUAGGAUGCUCAUUUAUAUAUCAUAGUCCAAUUAGUGAGGAGCAGCUCCCCUCUGCUCUUAUAGUUCUACCCUAUUCUUUCUUUGGUUUCUGAAGGAAAAUAUAAACUUCUUAUUGCAUAAAAAUCAAUUUUGACUACUGCAAAAAGUGUUUUACAACCAUAAAUACCUUAAACCCGGCAAAAAUACAUUAAUUUAAUCAAUUAUUUCUUUCUUAUUUAUAAACAUGAUCUUGUUGUCCCUUUUCUGACAAAAACUUGUGCUAAUGUGCCCCUUAUUUGAAAGUUGUGGGCCCCUCUGCCCUAAAAUUCAUCUAGAACACUGAUUAAUUCACCCACAUAUACAUCCAUCCUAUCUGCAUUUAUGAGGGUCUUGAUUGGGUUUAUAGAAUAGAGAAAAAUGUGCUGAUUAAUAAAGAAUAGAGAAGAAUAAGGUGCUAAAGAAUGAAGAAACAAAUGGCCUAUACAAAAAAGAAGAUCCCCAUCCAGACCCUCUUAUUUAGUGUUAUCAAUUUUUCAAAAUUGGAUGUGACAUUUAUGACAAGAUAUUUUUUUAUAAUUAAAAUUUUAAUGAAGUGCAGAUGAGAUUUUGAUAUCUGUUUUUGUAGACUUUUUAUUUUGUUAAAUAUUUGUUGGUUUAAGCAAGUUAAGUGAUAUAUUACAACUGAUUUUUAAUGAUUUUUUUGCUAUGCUUUUAUUAUUUUUGUUACUUGUCCCAGUGAAUUAAUAAAUUACAAAGAAUUUG